UCGAGAAUUAGGACAAACUAGUGAUAUUUAUAUGAGAAGAAUACUUUUGUUUAACAGUGGCUUACUAACUUUAAUAAUAAAGAAUGAACGAGGAAUAUGGUAAUUUAAUGAUGGAGUUACCAUCAUAUUUGGAUGAGAAAAAUAUAUCAGCUGUGAAUUUAUCAUGGAUUUUAAAUGAAAGUAAAGACAUUGAUCCACGUUUAGCAGAACGUUUUGCAACAAAUCGAAAUGUUGAAGCACCGGCAUUUUACAUAUUAAUUUUUUUAUAUUGUGUAUUAAUUAUGAUUGGAACAGCUGGCAAUACUUUAGUGGUAGUUGCUGUUGCACGUAAACCAGCGAUGCGUACAGCACGUAAUUUAUUUAUAUUAAAUUUAGCAAUAUCUGAUUUAUUAUUAUGUUUAGUAACAAUGCCAUUAACGUUAGUGGAAAUAUUAAGUAAAUAUUGGCCAUUGGGUAAACAGCCGUUUGUCUGUAAAAUGAUUGGUACAUUACAAGCAACAAGUAUAUUUGUAUCAACCAUAUCAAUCACAGCUAUUGCAUUGGAUCGUUAUCAAGUGAUUGUUUAUGCGACAAGAGAUAGUUUACAAGUAAUGGGCGCAAUAGGAAUAUUAAGUUUAAUAUGGGUAAUGGCUUUAGGUUUAGCAUCACCAAUGUUUAUGUUUCGUACUUUACAACAUCACGAUGUGAAAAUUGUUUCAUUGGGUAUAGAUGGUAUCAGCUACUGUCUAGAGGAUUGGCCAUUUGAACAUGGUCGAAUAUAUUAUUCGAUUGCUACAUUAGUUGUACAAUAUCUUUUACCUAUUGUAAUUGUUUCGGCAGCAUAUUUACGAAUAUACUAUAAAUUACGUUAUCGUUAUGUAACCGGUAAUCGUAACACGAAUACCGCAGUACGAGCACCCAGUAAGCAUCGUGGUCGACGUAUGAAACGUACAAAUUCACUACUGAUAGCUAUUGCUGUUAUAUUUUGUAUUAGUUGGUUACCCUUAAAUAUAUUUAAUGUGUGGGCAGAUUUAUGGACUGGACCUGUUGAUACUGUAAGUCAAACAAUGUCCGUAUCAUACGCCGUAUGCCAUAUGAUGGGAAUGUCGUCAGCCUGCUCGAAUCCAUUAUUGUAUGGUUGGUUAAAUGACAAUUUUCGUAAAGAAUUUAAAGACAUAUUAUGCCGAUCCGGUGCACCAUCCGGUGGUUCAAUAAAUGAUCGUGGCGAAACGACACGUGCAGCACCACCAUUAAUCAAUAAUCAUCGAAAUCAUCAUCAUCACAAUCGUAAAUUUGAAACGACAACAAUGACCACAACAGAGAAUGGACAUCCAUUAAAUAAUACAAUGGAAAAUACAGAAAUGUCAGCAUUAACUAAAUGUUAAUAUACAAGAACUGAUUUUAACAAUUAACAACAUUAUCAUCAAUUAAUAUUAACAUCAGUUUUAGUUCUGGUUACACCAGCCUUGUUUGCCGAUUACAGUGUGAACAUAAUUUUUUUUUUUUU